GAGACAUUUGCUUUGCCAUGCCCUGGCUUAAAUCAUAGACAUAAAGUUUGACGGAUGUCAUUGAGGAAGCGAGGUAAAAGUGGAAGCGAGAAUGCUGACGAGGCCUGGUGGAAGCUGAUGAUGUGGGGGAGCAGUCACAAGCACCGCGGUCGAAAUGAAGAGUUGCACGCAAACUGUCUACCCGCAAAACUGAGGCAUUUCCACCGUUCCUUCAUUCCAACUGGUCUCCGGACAUCAUACCAAUAAUGCCUCUUACACGACCACCGCCACCACCUCCCAAACCUGUCUUUGACGAGUUUUCAACGCCUCCCGACUUUAAUGACAAUUUCAAGAAAAAGGAAACCACCAAGUAUAUGAAUCCAUGUCAAGUGGAAGAGAAACAAAGCAUGAAAUGUCUUGACAAAAAUAACUACGACAAGUCAAAGUGUGAAUACUUCUUCUUACAAUACCGAGAAUGCAAAAAGAAAUGGCUCGCUGAGCGAAAGAAACUACGACAGCAAGGUCAACUGUAGAGAUAGAUUUUUGUUAGUAUUUCAAACCCGAUUGGUUGUAUAUACAGAAGUACUAUAAAAAAAUUUUUAAAAUAUUUUCGCUGGCUAGCCGACCAUUGCUUCCUCCUUGACGCUUGUUCCACUUGUGGUUAAAUCUUAC